AUGCUUUUAACAGAUCAAAAUCACCAACACGAUAUCGACCGUAUAUACCUUUUGGCUUCCUAUGUCCUUUGUAAAACAGACCAAGCAGCAUUAUUAACAUUAAUGUCGAGUAACAAUAACAGCACAAAUGUCGUUGGUGUUCAUUAUAAAGUAGGUCGAAAGUUAGGAGAAGGCAGUUUUGGUAUUAUUUAUGAAGGCACCAAUCUGUUAAAUAAUUCUCAAGUAGCCAUUAAAUUUGAACCUAGAAAAUCAGAUGCACCACAAUUAAGAGAUGAAUAUAGGACUUAUAAGAUAUUAUCUGGAAUUCAUGGUAUUCCCUCGGCUUAUUAUUUUGGACAAGAAGGAUUACAUAAUAUACUUGUGAUCGACCUUUUAGGACCUAGUUUAGAAGAUUUAUUUGACACAUGCUCAAGAAAAUUUAGUGUAAAGACAGUAGCUACUUUGGCUCGUCAUAUGAUUACUCGAGUUCAAAGUGUACAUGAAAACCAUUUGAUUUAUCGUGAUAUUAAGCCUGAUAACUUUCUUAUUGGUCGACCAGGCACUUUAGAUGCAAAUACAGUUUUUUUAAUUGAUUUUGGCAUGGCUAAACAAUAUCGAGAUCCAAAGACAAAACAACAUAUUCCUUAUAGAGAACGUAAGAGUCUCUCGGGAACAGCACGUUAUAUGAGUAUUAACACUCAUUUGGGAAGAGAACAGUCAAGACGUGACGAUUUAGAAUCCUUGGGUCAUGUCUUUAUGUAUUUUUUGAGAGGUUCUUUACCUUGGCAAGGUCUGAAGGCUGCUACUAAUAAGCAAAAAUAUGAAAAGAUUGGUGAAAAAAAGCAGACAACUUCAAUUAAAGAUUUAUGUGGUGGAUUUCCAGAGGAAUUUGGUAUCUAUCUUCAAUAUGUUCGUAAAUUGGGCUUUGAAGAGACUCCAGAUUAUGAUUUUCUCCGAGAUUUAUUCACAAAGGUGCUCAAGAAUCAUGGCGAUGUAGACGACGAAGUUUAUGAUUGGAUGUUAUUAAAAGAGGGUAAAGGACUUGAAAAGAGAAACAAUACUUCACGUCAUCAAUCACAACGUCAAACCGCUAUGGCUACACGUCAUCCAACAGAAGGCUAUUCUCUUCAACAACAAGACAAUCCUUAUAGUCGAACUCAACCACCCAUGAACAUCACUAAUUCACCAGCACCUCAAAAUAAUGUGAAUGCAGGUCAUCAUCAAGAGUACAAUGAAGAAAAUGAUUUACGGAAAAAAAGUUUUUGGCAGCAGUUUAUUUCUUUCGUUACAUGUGGGUUAUUUUCUUGUCCUUAAAAAGAAUUAUAUUAUUCAAUCAAUCAAUCAAUCAUAUUCCCCUUCUUCCCUUUAAUUUCUCUUUUGUUUUACAUUCAAAAUUUUAACUUUAUUAAAAUAAAUAUGAUAAUCUCAAUGAGCACGAGAUCUUAUUUAGUACAUUAAA